CUUCCCUCUCUCCAUCCCUCCCUCUCACACACAGUCAUCAGAGUAUGAGAAGGCUGUGACUGACUGGACCUACUAUACACAGGACUGGACUACUACAUCGGGCUACUGCAGCAGCCAACACUGAUGACCUGAGGUACACACUUCUGCUACCUGAUACCUCUGUCUGCACGCUACAGCACUUAACAGGAGAGCAGCACAAUGACCAAGAAGGUGUUCACCAACACACGGGAGCGAUGGCGGCAGCACAACGUCAACACUGCUUUCACUGAGCUCCGCAAGCUCAUCCCCACCCACCCGCCAGAGAAGAAGCUGAGCAAGAACGAGAUCCUGCGGCUGGCCAUGCGCUACAUCAACUUCCUGGUGCAGCUGCUGGAGAGCCAGAGUGGUGAGCCUGCCUCGCACUCCCCAACCGCCCUGCUCACCUUCCUCAGGGGCAAUGUAGAACGUCUUCACUCCUCCUCCAGGACCUGGGGCCUGGCCAGCGACACUGACGCCCCCUCCCCUGGAUCAAGCUGUGACAGUACCGAGGCCUGGUAGUGUGCCUGCUGCAGUUUCCUCUGAUGGGUGAUCAUCAUCUACCACUCCCUGGGGUAAAACUGUCUGUCACCAUACCCACAUCCAUAGACUCCAUUUUAGCUCUGCAACACUUGAGGGGGACAGUGUUGGUGGUGAUGGCAAGCAGAGGAUGUUUGUGUGGUGUUUGUGGGUGAUGCCGUCCCUGCUGAAUUAAAGAGAUGGAGAUGGAUUUAUUUAGCCACACUUUUAUGUUGAAAUUAUGACAGGAGCCUUGUGAAAUGUAAUCUGUUAUCUGCAUGGAUGUACCGGUAGCUUGGAUGUAUUCCCAUCUUCAUGUCUGACAUGUAUGUUCAUCCUGUCGGUGGUGAAAGAUGUCUGCAUCAAAAAUGUUUCGUUUUGAAAUGAGGAUGCAUUAAGGCCAUGAAGGACAAUUUAAAGGAUUAAGAAAUAGAAAAUGUCAAGGAAUUUUUUUGGGGGGGGAAUUCAUUUCAGGAAAGAUAAAGUCUUGUCCAAUUCACCAAGGACUACAAUCCAAUUACAAAAGUCUAUGGAGAUUUUUUGUUGUGUGCUGAAUCUCUGAUUCUGACCUUGCUUAUUUGCAAGCACUAUUUAUUAUCAAAUCCUGCAAUAUGACCACAUUCCUUGAGUGACACAUUGAUCUUAUAUGUAUUGAUUACGUACAGUAUUGAUUGAUUAUUUAUUUGGACGACAGGGAAUGAGCUGUAGGAUAUCAACUGACAAUUCUCUUUGAAAUAUGUUUCAAUUGUAGGACUGUGUUGUAUGAACACAUAACAGGAAUAGUUGUCUGUCCGUUCAAGUAUUUAUUCGUCUUGCUCUUUUUGAACAAUAGGCAUGUCAUGUAGCCAAAGAUUUUUAUUUUACCAUCUUUUCUCAAGGCUAUUGUGAUUAAUAUGCUUUUUGUAAAAUGUUGGUUAAUAUUGUUAAUGUUAUUUAUUGGAACUAUUUAUUUAAUAAAUUAUUUGUAAAUUUAAAAAAAUACUUUGAAUUUAUCAAAAGUAAUUAAGUACCAUCCUCUUAUCAUUAAAAGACACCAUGCAACCAUUUUUACUAAUGUAACAGAAAGUGCUGAUCCAGUAAGUCAAGAGUACAGCUGCUCCCUGUGUGUUUGUACUGGUCGAUUCUGGAUCCCCUAGUCUAGUAAAGCCCUUGUUCCAUCUCAAUGGGCCAGUAAUGGCCAUCCCUCUGAUUGUCCACUACAAACACCCUGACCGCCGUGUGGACACAGAGACCACCCCUGACCUCUGAACCCUUAUCUAGUGUCCGAGGGCAGAGAGAGGGGAAGAGUAAAAGGACAGCUUAACUUGUGCCCUGCAGUCACACAGGUCACCAUGCAGUCAAACCCUGACCACUGACCCAACAAGCAGAUGUAAUACUGCUCGUCCUGAGGGUCUCCCAUGGGCUCUUGGAGUGUUUUUCACAUCACAAAUCUUUGUAAACAAAGUGAAACGCUUACUUACGGCCCUUCCCAACAACGCAGAGAGAAAAAAAGAAAUAGAAAAACAACACGGGGAAUAAAUACACAAUGAGUACCGAGUCGAUAUGCAGGGGUACGAGGUUAUUGAGGUAGAUGCACUACAUGACCAAAAGUAUGUAAAGUAAAGUAAACCUGCUUGCGAACAUCUCAUUCCAAAAGCAUGAGAAUUAAUAUGGAGUUGGUCCCCCCUUUGCUGCUAUAAUAGCCUCCACUCUUCUGGGAAGGCUUUCCACUAGAUGUAGGAAUAUUGCUGCGGGGACAAGAGCAUUAUUGAGGUCAGGCACUGAUGUUGGGCGAUUAGGCUUGGCUCGCAGUCGGCGUUCCAAUUCAUCCCAAAGGUGUUUGAUGGGUUUGAGGUCAGGGCUCUGCAGGCCAGUCAAGUUCUUCCACACCGAUCUCGACAAACCAUUUCUGUAUGGACCUCACUUUGUGCACGGGGGCAUUGUCAUACUGAAACAGGAAAGGGCCUUCUCCAAACUGUUACCACAAAGUUAGAAGCACAGAAUCAUCUAGAAUGUCAUUGUAUGCUGUAGCCUUAAGAUUUCCCUUCACAGGAACUAAGGGUCUAGCCCAAAUUAUGAUAAAAAGGUACAAUAGACAAUAACGAGGACAGGUGAAACAGAUCAGGGUGUGACAACACACAAUACCCCAUAAUGGCAAAGUGAAAACAUGUUUUUAGUAAUGUUUGCAAAUGUAUUGAAAACGCAAUACAAAAAUAUCUAAUUUACGUAAGUAUUCACACCCCUGCGUUAAUACUUUAUAGAAGCACGUUUGGCAGCGAUAACAGCUGUGAGUCUUUCCACACCUGGAUUUUGCAACAUUUGCCCAUUAUUCCUUUCAACAUUUUUCAAGCUCAGUCAAACUGGUUGUUGAUCAUUGCUAGACAACCAUUUUUAGGUCUUGCCAUAGAUUUUCAAGUAGAUUUAAGUAAAAACUGUCUUCUUGGUUAGCAACUCCAGUGUAGAUUUGAACUUGUGUUUUAGGUUAUUGUGCUGCUGAAAGGGGAAUUCAUCUCCCAGUGUCUGUUGUAAAGCAGUCUGAACCAGGUUUUCCUCUAGAAUUUUGCCUGUGUAUACAUUUUGUUUCUUUUUUUAUCCCAAAAUACCCCCCAGUCCUUAAUGAUUACAAGCCUACCCAUAACAUGAUGCAGCCAGCACUAUGGUUGAAAACAUGGAGAGUGGUACUAAGUAAUGUGUUUUAUUGGAUUUGCCCCAAAAAUAAGACUUUCUAUUCAGGACAAAAUGUGAAUUGCUUUGCCACAUUUUUUGCAGUAUUCCUUUAGUGCUUUGUUGCAAACAGGAUGCAUGUUUUGGAAUAUUUUUAUUCUGUACAGGCUUCCUUCAUUUCACUCUGUCAAAUAGGUUAGUAUUGUGUAGUAACUGCAAUGUUGUUGAUUCAUCCUCAGUUUUAUCCCAUCACAGCCAUUAAACUCUGUAACUGUUUUAAAGUCA